AUGGGAAAGGGUGAUAAAGAUAAGAAAUCGGGUGGUUAUCCCAAGCAAGCAAGUUAUCCUACCCAGCAGUAUACCACUGCGCAACAGCAUCCGCCUCAGCAAUUUGCUCCUCAACCAGGUCAAGUACCAUAUAGCGCUCCACCGCCUGCUUAUAAUGCAGCACCGGGCUAUGGUCCACCUCAAGCAGUACCUCAACAACAGUAUUAUCCAAAUCCGAAUAUGAAUGCACCUCCGCCAAUGCAUUAUCAACAACCUGGGCAAUAUCAACAAUUUGGCACUGCUAGUGUUGUUAUGCCAAUUCAGGAAGGAACUUUUGAUGCUGGAGCGCGUUUCGAUGGCAGAAGUGCUCCGGUAGUACCUCCUCCACCUCCUGGAUGCGUGCCGAAUCAUGCUCAGCUAGCCGCAUCAACUGGUGGGGCUGCUGUCGUAAGACAAAAUCAAUCAGGUUUCUUUACUGGUGGAUCUAGUGGAGUUUACAAUGCUGCGGCAAAAAGGUCAUAGAUUACAUCGAUAGCGUAGACGAUGUUUUUAAAUUACAAUUACCACUUUGUUGAUAAUGUAAUUUUAUUUGUUCAUACUAAUGGUUUAAAUUAUGAAAAUGCUUUCUUCGCGUUACAUAUUUACGUUGACAUCAAGUCAACACUGCUGAUAAUUCUA